AGGGAACUUUUUUCCUUCUAUUGUGUGCGCUGAGUUCAGGACUCGCAAAGAAUGAUACGUUUAUCAUGGGGUUAUUGGAUGGAAGGGGAGAAUUGAAAACUCCAGUUCUUAAGCAUGAGAUUAGAGAAUACACCUUAUGUUUCCGGUUCAAACAACCCUUUACAAUGAAUACCAUUCUCUUGAGCUUAAAAGAUCCAGAACAGGAAGAGUUUCUCCAAGUGUAUACUAGUGUAAAUAACUACUCUAGUUUGUUUAUUAAAGGCCAGGAAAUCUUGAUCAACCCCGACUGGACACCAAUGAAAUGGCAUCACAUCUGUAUCUCCUGCAGCUUGGCUCUCAAGCGCUGUACGUUUAAAUCUGAUCAGUAUACAAAGAAAAUAAACUCAUCAGCAAUCUUUACAGAGGACAUUGAAUUGAUGGAUCUUUCAUUAGCCAUCUUGGAAGAUGCUAAAGGAGAAAUUACUGAUAUAAACAUGUGGGAUUUGAAAUUGGAUGAUGCAGUCUUAGAUAAGUGGAUUGGCUGUGUAAAUAUGUCUACUGGAAACUUGGUAAAUUGGGAGGAAUCUGACUGGGACACAGAUGGCAAUAAAACAGUUUUGAGAAGGACACAUAUCUGCCAUGUGCCAAGCCCUGGCAUACGGCAAAUGAAUUUCAAUCUUAACUAUCCUGAAUCUAAGACAUUCUGUCAAUCACUUAGUUCAACAUUUGUAACUUUCGAAGCUCAAGAAGACAUCAACCUGGCAAUUGGAAUUUUAGCACAUUCCAAAAAUGACAAGGAAACUUUCUGGACAGGGUUUCAAUUUGAUGCUACAGAAAAAGUGUAUGUGUUGGACAAUAGAUCAAAGUUCAGCAAAGAUGAUAUGUGGGCUAAAGGAGAACCAAAUGGGGAGGGAAUUCAAUCUUGUGUUGCUAUGACUAUCAAAGGGAAAACAGCAACAUUUUCAGACGAAUACUGCAAUAACAAAUAUAGUUUUUUCUGCUAUUUUGAUUCUGAAACAAUAGUUCAUGUCCAAUCAGAUCUAAAGAUCUAUAAUGUUGACAUGUAUUAUGCUUUUAAUAUUCCAAGUUCAUUUAAUGGCUAUAGAUAUGGAAAAAUUAUCAAAGAAAAUGAGAUUUGGAUUAUAAAAACAAAUGAAGGAGAAAUUGUUGCCAAAACAGGAAAACUCAAUGGUUUACCUAUUGGAAAUCAAUCAUGGGAAUUUCCUGGUAAGCCACCACAGCAGCACUUCCUGAUUCUACACACUUGUAAUAGUUCUUCAUUUCCAUGUAAAAAUGGAAUCUGUUUGGACAAAUCAAAGCGGUGUGACUCAACAUUUGAUUGCUAUGACAAAGAGAGUGCUGAGGAUUAUUCGGAUGAAGAGAAUUGUAAAGCUGUAACAGCUGCUGUGGGCUAUAACAAGCUCAACAUACCUCAGGGAAAAGAUGGUCUGAUGGUCACAGUGGGAUUUAAACUUUUGGACUUUCUUGCCUUAGAUAUUAACCAUGGAACAUUCCAACUAAAGUUUCAACUUCAAACGAAAUGGAGAGAUGCUGAUUUAACAUUUAAGAAUGUCAAGAAAGGAAUUGUGAAUGUUUUAGAUCUUGAGGAUUGGAAAUCUAUGUGGGUACCAAAUCUACUGUUUUUAAACACAGAGAGUAUUCUUAGCUCAGAAGAGCUUGGUAGUGACUUAUACAGCUUUGUUUACCUCGACAAUAUUCAUGAAACAGAAAAAGAUAUCCAGGCAUCUGUUACUAACUUUUUUGUAAUGGGGAAGGAUGUAGAUAUUGUCAAAAACUCAUCAUAUAGUCUAAUGUUCUUUUGUGAGUUUGACCCAAUUCAUUAUCCCUUUGAUGUUCAAGUUUGCAAUAUCAAUUUGACAUUGUAUGUAGCAGAUUAUAAAAAAGUUCAGCUGCAGGCAGGCCUUGUAGAGGCCGAGACAAUUAUGUAUGAAGACUUUAAUGUAUCAAACUGGAAAAUAAUGAAAGAUAACUCACCAGCACUUAAGGGUGUUAAGCUAAGCAUCAGUUUCAUGUUGAAAAGGAAUUUGUCUCAAUCUCUUAUGAGCACCUUUAUGCCGAACAUAAUACUGAUGGUGGUCUCUAUUUUAACAAACUACUUUCUUGGAAAAGAUUUGUUUGAAGCAGUUAUUAGUAUCAAUGCAACUGUUUUAAUGACAGUCGCAUCAUUGUUUGCGGACAAUAGUGGGUUCCUGCCUGCCACUGUAACAAUAAAAAUGAUGGAUGUCUGGAGCCUGGUGAUGUUUAUUGUGCCCUUGCUAAUAAUCCUGACCCACACGUUUGUUCAUGUUAUUGACCAAAAACAUCUUGUCAAGGAAGAAAAGUAUGCCUUUAUCAGAACAGGCCUCAUGCUGUUCGGUCAGAUAGUGAUACCAACACUGGUUUUUAUCUUUAUAGCAGGGUUCUUCGUAGCAGGAGAGCUGCACAUGUCUAAAUUCUAAUGCAAAUCAUUCUUAGCAUUAGGACCUUCACUUAAGUAAGGCAACAGAUUUCCUUAUCUAUUGUUUUUUUUUGUAAGAAUCUAAGUGUGACACAUGAACUUAAAAGACUAGUCUACUGUCAAUACAAUUGUCCUUUGGGUUCAUUAUCUUUAGAACGGUUUUAACCCUAUUAAGCCCAUGUGAGGUGAGGUCAAUUUAACCCCCCCCAUCGCUCUUUUUGUGAAAACUCAAAAAAUAUUUUAGCUUGGAAGCUCAAAUUUUCUGGCUCUUCUAACUAACUGCACAUUCCCCUCACUUAAUUUAAAAUCUGGUCUUUAAUACCAAUUGCCUGAGUCCUCAGGCAUACUGCCUAAAUGCCUUAUUUUACCUACACCAGACUAAAUCUAUAUUUAGACCUACUUCCAGUCAUUGGAGUUCAAUAUUUUAUAGCCCUUUGGACUUAUAACAAAAGCAAGGAGAUUGCACAUUGUUUGCUUUAUUACUAGAUUUUGCAAUACAUAUUUGGAUUUUUGCAAAUUUGCCAUUUGUUUUCAUAUUAUUGACGUAGAGCUCAAGGGAUUUCCAAAAAAGUAUUAAAUGUUAUAGAUUUAAAUGAUGUAUCACAAUAAGAACAUAGAGCCCUAGGAAACCAGUCAGUAACCAGACGUCAGGCUAAAUAGGGUUAAAUGUGUUUAUUAUUAAGGGUUGUAGGAAUUGAGUCUUUGCCAAAACUCAAAUUUUCUAAUCUCUAAAACUGGUGGUCUAAACCUUUGAGAUUUAGAAUAUUAGAAGGUCCUUAAUAUUGGAUUGCAAUGAUUUCUGUAUAAAAAAAUCAGAGUUUGAGACUCAAUUCCUCUACUAAUACACAGUAAAAUUUCAAGAAUUUCAUCCUCACUUUCAAUUUGAUGUAAGGGCUUCUUAGAUACUUAUCACUGCCUUCUGAGGCCAUAGUGUUAAAAGCAAUGUUAUUGUUGAUUAAGAAUAUCGGUGAAUUGCUUUGAGGAUUUUUCACAGCAAAGAAAUCUUAGUCAAAGGAGUUUGAGAGUGUUUUAACAUUUAGUAUGUAGAAUGUGGAUUCCUUUAUUGCACUUUUAUCAUCAUAUAUAUCUUAUCUUUGUCAUUUUUUAAAUAUAUGGACGGUAUAAAAUACAUGUUUUUAAAUAUCUAGACGGUAUGAAAUACAUGUUAAUAUCUAGACGGUAUGAAAUAAAUGUUAAUAUCUAGACGGUAUAAAAUACAUGUUAAUAUCUAGACGGU